GCAUGUCCAGUCUUGUUGAAUCGGUAGUCACUGCUAUAACCCAUACGUAGAAUUAUGGCUGAAUUAAAAUCCGCUAUUUGGAGCCUUUCUUCUAAUUUUGUUGCAAAUAGAUAUUUUUCACGUUUAUUAACUUCUCACUGGUAUAAUGUAUCUGCAGUUUCGUCGUUAAAUAAAAUGUCAACGGAGGCUGCUGCUAAGGCCGACAAUGACAUCGUUAUUACAGAUAGCUGUGUUAAACGUUUAAAAGAAAUUACUGAUGAUAAAGGUUAUUUAAGAGUUACAGUAGAAGGUGGAGGUUGUUCUGGUUUUCAAUAUAAAUUUGAUUUAGAUGAAAACAUAAAUGAAGAUGAUAAAGUAUUUCAAAAGGAUGGUGUCAAAGUGGUGAUAGAUUCAACAUCUUUAGAAUAUAUUAAAGGAGCAACGAUAGAGUAUCAUACAGAAUUAAUACGUUCCGCGUUUAGAAUAACUAAUAAUCCUUUAGCUGAACAAGGUUGUAGUUGUGGCUCUAGUUUUUCUAUUAAAAUUUAAUAAAUUAAUUAAUUUUCGUGUUUAGUAAAUUCAUAUGCAAAGUAAUUUAUCUGUACUAUCUUUUGUUAUAAAAUAAUCGCAAAUAGUUUGUUCAUAUUUUUUCUAAAGAAAUAUAUAUUUUACUUCAGUUUCACAGUAAGUGUGAAAGAAUAUUUGUAUAUCAGUAUGCUUAAUAAUAUUUAUUUAUUAUACAGGGUGCCUUAAAGAGAUUUACACCAUAUAUAUUGCAGAUUCUACAUACUAAAAUGAAUCCACAGAGUUCACCAUCUUGCAAUCUGUGCUUUAAUUUUCAAAAUAUUUCAAGAUCUGAAUAGUUAAAACUUAGGUGUUUAACUUUAUGCGUGAAAGUGUGUCUACGCGGAAUUCCAUGUAUGAGUGUGAGUCUCUACUUAAACGUUAGAUUGCAAAACGAUGAACGAUCUUUCGAUUUAUUUUGUUAUGAAAAAUUUGCAGCUUUUAGGAUAUACAUCUGUUUUGUAACAUCCUGUACAACAAAUAAAGUAUAAAGAAAAAUUUUAUUUAUAGGGAAACGAGCUGUAUAGUGUUGUAAUGAAGUGACUAAAAUAUGUAUUUUAUGAGUCUGCAUAAGAUGUGUUAUUUAUGUUAUAAAUGGUCAAACAAUGAAUGUUAAUAAUAAUUUUUACUUUUAUUUCAUAUACUAAACAGAUUCCAAAAUCGUUUUAGUAUAUUAAUUAAAGUAUGAUUAAAAUUGUAAUUACUAUUUACCACGUGUAAGUUUCAUAUGUACAUAAAAUUAAAGAUAUUGAUAGUUCUGAUUAAAGUAUGUUGCUGUUGGAA